AUGGAUUCUUUAAUCCCAUUCACGACAUCGGGAUCACUGGUAGAUUGCGUGGACAGAAAGAUGUUGGUCGUCCUCAGAGACGGGCGAAAAUUACACGGUGUACUACGCUCUUAUGAUCAAUUUGCUAACCUCGUUCUCGAAGACACCGUCGAGCGAAUAUUUCAUGGUAAAGCAUUCGCAGAACACUGGCACGGCCUUUUUCUCAUACGCGGGGAGAAUGUCGUGUUGCUUGGCGAAAUUGAUCUCGAUCAGGAGGAUGAUGUCCCAUUACAACAAGUGGACUAUUCCGUUCUUGAUCCAUAUCAUAAGAGGGAUAUCGCACAUAAGAAGGCACGCGAAGAUUUCAAAUCCAAGGUCUUAUACGAGCAGAAAGGGUUCUGUAAGGAGGGUGGCGAGGGCGAUGGCUAUUGA